AUGGGAUCUACUGUCGACAUCACCUCUUCUUUCAUAGAAGGUGCUCCUCCUGGCGAGUUGCAGGACGUGGUCAAGGACAUCAAGACUCUCACUUCAGACAACGACCCAGCGCUCAUUGCAAAGCUGAAGCCUGCAUUUCAGAAAUACAACGAAGACCAGCUCAUCCCAGUCAAGGUACCGGGAGCAAGUGAUUACCUCCUGAUAACUGCCUACAACCGCGUGCCCUCGUCCACCAACAAAUACUACGACACACAGUCCUCGACAUCCUUUGACUUUGACCAUAUCACCUCCCAAGCCUCAGGCUCACAGUCCUACAUCCAUGAAACCUCCCACUCAUCCCUGGUCCAAUCCAUUUUAAAAUCCAUCUCUACCCACUUCGCCGAACACUAUCCAUCAACACAUCAGAGCGCCUCUGCCUCUUCAUCCUCAGGCUACACGGUCGCCGCCACGCCGGAAGACGACAAGGUCGCUAUCCUAUUGUCCACCACACGCUCUUCCCCCAAGAACUUUCUCUCCGGUCGGUGGCGGAGCACUUUCCUGUUCGACCCAGCCAGCGGCACCAUCUCUGGUGCCUUGAAGGUCGACAUCCAUUACUAUGAAGACGGAAACGUGGCCCUGUCCACAACGAAGCAAAUACAGGAUGCAGCGGUUGAUGGUGGCGGCGAUGGCGCAAGUAUAGUGCGCAAGAUCGCAGGAAUCGAGAAGCAAUACCAGGAGGAGGUCAAUCGAACAUUUGUUGGCAUGAACGAGUCGAGUUUCAAAGCCCUACGACGGCAGCUACCCGUGACCAGGCAAAAGAUCGAAUGGGAGCGGGUCAGGGGCUACGGACUGGGGAGUGAUCUGCGGGGAGAGGCGAAGAGGUAA